GUUCUUUGUUCUCUUUUUCUGUUUUGUUGCCUCAGAUUCCAGGCUGUUCAUCCCACCUCUUGUUUGUUGACUCGUCUUUGAUUCACACUCUCGUGCUACUAUUGUGCCAACUACGUCAACUAUUUCCCCUACCAACAUCACACUCGAUUGGGCUUAUCAAUCUCCACUGCUACCCCUCUUGCUUUCCAUCAUCACCACGACCCUUGUCUGGCUAGGACUCCUGCCGCCACAGGAUGAGCCUUUGAGCACUCGGCGACGACGACAGUGACCUUAUACCUCACCAGGCUUGUUCUUUGUGCUAGCGAUUGAGAGUAUGGCUACAGUGGUGGUGCAACAACAACAAUCAGCCAUCCGACAGUCCACUCCACCUCCCUUGGGUCCAACCCUGACCCUCAAUCGACCCUCGACACCCGUUCCCAACAAACACCUCCCAUAUUGUCCUCCAGGCCCUAUCCCAUCACAGUCUCAGAUCACUCCACCAAACUCGCCCCCCCUACAUAAAAUUGUCCAGAAGCCCAGCUCACUACUCCAUCCUCCCACUGCCUAUCAAAAGCUGUGCAACUCUCCACCCAUCUAUGGCAUAUCCGCCAAAGAACUCGCCGAUGCCCUAAACCACCACUCCUCUCAACCACUCCCCAACCCAGGCUCCGUCUUCCCCUGGCUACAUGGUCUUCACCCAGAUAACCAUAUUCAAUUGGCCUUCUUCGUGGCCAGAAAGAGGUCUCUCCGCAAAGUCCCAAAAUGUCUGCGAAGUAUCACUAUUAUCAAGGCUGGAGGCGACCUGAGUCGGUCUCGUAUCAAGGGCGCUGUUGCACCCGACGAGAUCCUCAACCUGUCUGAAUCCAAUGGCAAAGGCUUCCUCGAUUGUGACCCUCCAGAAGGCUUUUCCGUCCGUAAUUUCCACAUCCAAGCCGCCAAAAUGGCCCUUGUCUCCGAUAUUGUCAUUUAUGGUGAUGAGGACACCGACCACCGCAUCAUCAAGUCCGUCGCUGAGAGAACCGCCGCUGUACAGAAGAAAUGGCGAAGGGAGCUGGAAUCCUCCGGCCAAUCCCCCGAAACUUUCAACACCUUUCUUCUGAUGCAAACCUUCGAGGACUUUGAGCAAGACUAUCCUGAGUUGGUCGCUGUUGACUCCAGUGGCAAGUCUACAGAGCACACCCUUGACUUCCUCCAGCAGGAGAGGCGAGAGAUGUGUGCCAUGUCCAAAGCAUCUGAAAUCACUCAGGGCUUCUUCCAGGGCCCUUCUCCCGGGCCCUUUACCAUUCCCACCUCCUCCAUGGAUGAUCCUACCUUUGACCUGUACGUCGAGGCUAGUGACCACGCCUCCCUGCCCGAUGACAAGCUACUUGCAGCAAAGUUGAAACAGCUGGAGGACAGGGACGAUGACGAACCCGUUCAUUUGUCCUUUCCCAGCUCCGGCAGUAUCCUGCCACCUUCGUGGUCCCAAACCGAGGUCGAUGGGAUUUUGAGAAUGUGUCGAUGGUUGUAUAAUGUGACCCACCAUGUCAAGCCCGUCGCUCGAACAAAAGACCGGGAUGGCAACAUUCAGAUGACCGACUUUUCGCCCUCGCGCCGGGUUUUGCUGCACUGUGCAGAUGGGUAUACGGAAACCUCCAUGCUUGCCGUCGCCUAUUUCAUGUAUGCCGAAUGUCUUCCGCUUCACGAAGCCUGGAUUCGACUUCAUUGCGACAAGAAAAGAAAUUUCUUUGCUUAUCCUUCCGACGUUGCUCUACUAAAAGCCAUUCAAGAACGUAUUUUGAGAGAAAGUCCCCGAUCGGCGGAAACGACCCUACCUUUAGAGAAACCUCCUGCUUGGCUGUCUAAACUAGAUGGCAGUCUGCCCAGUCGCAUAUUGCCAUAUAUGUAUCUGGGAAAUCUCACACAUGCCAACAAUCCCGAAAUGCUGAGAUUGCUGGGUAUCCGACGCAUCCUCAGUGUUGGCGAGCCUGUUUCUUGGACCGACGCAGAAGUCAAGUCCUGGGGUCGAGAAAAUGUCAUGAUGGUUGAUCGGGUUCAAGACAAUGGGAUUGACGAGCUGACGACAGAAAUGGAGCGAUGUCUUGAUUUUAUUCGCAGAGGAAAAUCAGACGGGACCGCCACUCUAGUCCACUGUCGAGUGGGGGUCAGUAGGUCCGCCACCAUCUGUAUCGCAGAAGUCAUGGCAAGUCAAGGGUUAAGUUUCCCUCGUGCAUACUGCUUUGUCCGAGCCCGUCGCCUCAAUGUCAUCAUUCAACCCCAUCUGAGGUUCGUGUAUGAGUUGAUGAAAUGGGAUGACCAAUUACAAACCUCUCGCGGGGAGCAGGUCAAGCGUGAGCUUGAUUGGGCCGUUGUUGCAAGAGAAAUUGCUGCUAUGAACCGACCGUACGCAAGAACUUGAACCAGAAGGCAGGUGGUGCACAGCGCCGCAAUGUCCCAGUCUUUCUAUUGUGCUCUUAGAGAGCAUUGAUGUCUGGUCAUCAUACGGUUUGUUGAGCCACGCAGCUCUGGUCAGGAAUGACUGGGCACGGACGCAGUCUUUGUGGUUCACAUGCUCACAUACCGACGGCGAAAAGCAAUUAUGUACUUGACGAUGACGAAAUGAGAUUUAUGAAAUCAGGGUUAAGGAUCGGGCACAGGGAUUGGAGGUCCGGCGAGACUCUCUCUGUAUAUGAUAUUAUGAGAUAAUGAGCCAGUCGUCUUGCUGUGGAGAUAGCAGCGUGUUGGGUCAAACACUGGAACUGAACGGGUUUGGAUUUUUGAGUGGCGGUGGAGCUUGAGGUCUAUAAGAAACUAUGGGAACAGACACACUUGGCUUCUGUUGAAGAUUGGUCAGAGGCUGGGAAUAUUUUGGAAGCUCUGAACAGGGCACAGGCUACGUAUUGUGGUCGAAUAUUGUGGCAGUUCAAGUCUGGUCACACACGCUGGCUGAUGGUGCUGUCAAGUAUUUCAGCAUCGUGUCAACAGGCUACUUGGAUCCCCACAGAUAUUUGUACAGCAAAAGGUCAGGAAUUAACAGGAUUGCCACAUGCAUGUGGUCCUAUCGAGAUCCAGGGACGAUAUGACAAUUCAGUUCGUUGUGCUCCGGCCAUCAGUCUUGUUGAGCAGCCAUGUCGCCUUGUAUGUUUAGUCUGCUUCCAGACGCAGGGAGACACCAGAGUCUGUGGGUUUCUGGGUUUCUGGGUUUCUUCUCGACCUUUUGAACACCUUGGUCGUUUGUUUACUUUCGGGUAUUUGACUCUGAUGAUUACUGUUUACUGUCUUAGCAGCCAUGGUCGAC